CACACUGCAAUCUCCCUCAGUCACCCCCAUCGUCCUCGUCCCCAACAAAUUCCCACUCUCUCUCUCUCUCUCUCUCUCUCUCUCUCUGUGCACAUUUACACCUUUUCCUGCCUUUUAUUAUUAACUCCAACAGCUCCACCAUCCCCUGCUCUCUCUCUCCUCUUUCUCUCUCUAGACACCACAAGAAAAGUGGAGCAACAACAACAACUACAAGCAUUAACAAACAAAAAAACCUAGAGCUUGAUCUAGAGCUAGAGCUACACUCUCACACAUUUCACAAUGCCACAACCAUAACCAUUGAAUUAAGCAGCUUUUCAACCUUAAAGCUUCAAUCUUUCACCCAUUUUCUCUCACUCCUUCUCAAAUCCGCCAUGGGAACCUGCACUUCGAAACCUCCAAAGCAGAACCCAUAUUCCCCCAGAGACCCAAUUGACCCAAACAAUCCUUCCCAAACCCCCAAAUCACUCCCAUCCCACACCCCUCACCAAAAAGACGACGUCGCUUCACGGCAGUCCCACUCCCAGUCCCCCUUCUACCCCUUCUACAGUCCCAGCCCCGCCCAUUACCUCAAGAAGUCGUCACCGGCGCGGAGCAAGAGCGCAACUUCCACUCCCAGCCGGUUUUUCCGGCGACCCUUUCCGCCUCCGUCGCCGGCGAAGCACAUCAAGGCCGUGCUGGCACGGCGUCUGGGCAAAAAGGCAUCGGCUUCGGUGGCGAUACCGGAGGACGGAGAGGAGGAAGAUGGGGUUGAGCUGGACAAGAGGUUUGGGUUCUCCAAGGAGGUUACGAGUCGAUUGGAGGUUGGGGACGAAUUGGGUCGAGGGCAUUUUGGGUAUACUUGCUCUGCUAGGUACAAAAAGGGGGAGUUUAAGGGUCAACAGGUCGCUGUGAAAGUCAUCCCUAAAACAAAGGGAGUGGUGGUUUUACAGUGUGACUGUGUUAAACUUAAUUCUUGGCUGAUUAAGGUCGAAGACGUCCUUUGAGGUUGAAUGCGGCACAAGGAAGAUCUUUGCAAGAUCUCGUCAGAUGACAACUGCUAUUGCAAUCGAGGAUGUGAGAAGGGAGGUCAAGAUCUUGCAAGCCUUGACUGGACAUAGCAAUUAGUUAGUCCAUGAUGCAU